AUGGCGAUUGUGCUGGUAGUCCAAAGGUGGCGGCACUAUCUCAUGGGACGGAAAUUUAUUGUGCAUACUGACCAACGAGCCCUCAAGUUCCUAUUAGAACAGCGAGAGGUUUCAUUGGAAUAUAAAAAGUGGUUGUCCAAAUUGUUGGAUUAUGAUUUUGACAUAAUCUACAAGCCAGGGAUUGAAAACAAAGUUGCCGAUGGGUUGUCAAGAAAUGCUUCAUCUGUUGCGUUAGCUUCAAUGGCAGCAUUGCUGGAGCUGUCCGUUCCGGCCUCAAUUCACUUGGACGACAUAGCCCGAGAGGUGAAUACUGAUCUGAUCCUGUCAGCUAUCAAGGACAGAUUACGAACACACGUUGACGCCCCAAAUGGUUAUCACAUACGCCAAGGCAAUCUGCUCUUCAAAGACAGGUUCGUGAUUCCAUCGACCUCAUCGUCUAUUCCUUUGAUACCUCAGGAAUUCCAUGACAGUCCACGAGGAGGUCAUUCAGGGAUUCUGAAAACUCUGAAACGGAUUCAAUCCAUGUUCCAUUGGGAAAGAAUGAAGCAGGAAGUACAACAAUAUGUCGCUAAAUGUUUGAUUUGCCAGCAACAAAAGUAUUCCACCUUGGCACCAGCAGGCUUGUUGCAACCACUGCCGAUUCCGGACAAAAUUUGGGAAGAAUUGUCAAUGGAUUUUAUUGAAGUGGAUGUGGCUCGGGAAUUGUUUUGCCUCGCUGGGACCAAAUUGCGAUUUAGCACUGCCUUUCACCCUCAGUCGAAUGGGCAAUCGGAAGUGGUGGAUCGCUGCAUUGAGACCUACCUAAGGUGUUAUGCUGGUAGUCAUCCCCUUGUUUGUGGUCGGGAACCCCCGACUUUGAUACGUUAUGAGGUGGGUUCAACAGCGAACUUCGAGUUAGAACGAGAAUUAUGUGAUCGGGAUGCCAUACUCGUAGAGCUCAAGCAACAUUUGGCGCGUGCUCAGCAAAGGAUGAUUGCGCAAGCUGAUGGCCACAAAAGAGAUGUUACUUUCGAACCGGGGGAAUGGGGUUGGACAGGUAGCGUAUCGUCUCAACCUACCCCAGAGGCGAAGAUUCAUCCGGUUUUUCAUGUGUCACAACUCAAGAAGGCAGUUGGGGAUGAGUUUCAGUCUGUCAUACUUCCUCCGCAGCUCUCCGCUAACCUUCAAUUCCUGACAGAACCAAAGUUUGUAUUGGAUAGCUGCUACGAUCCCCAGGGGUUACUAGAGGUUCUCAUCGAGUGGGAAGGGCUGCCGAAGCACGAUGCGACUUGGGAGAUUGGGGAACUCUUCAACGCUCAGUUUCCGACAUUUAAGCUUGAGGACAAGCUUCGUCUUCAAGGCGGGGGUGUUGAUAAACCUUUUCGGGCUUAUGUAAGGCGUCGAUCCAGAAAGAGAGGAGCUGAGGAUCAAAUCGGGGAGCAUGGAGGCAAACGAUCAAAGAGGAAGCUGAAUUAA